GUCACGUUCAGCCUAGACAGGUAGCCACCUGUUUCCGCAGGGCAAGCCCCGACCGCAACAGUGAAAUAAUAGCUGCUGUCAUAUACUGGAUGUAUAAAGCUUUUGCUAUCGCCAAAACGAAAACCGCCGCCCUUUCCCACCGCGCCCGAACUUCUUACAACUUUUACCUGUUGAUCAUCGCUCAUCUUUCACAAAAAGGCAGCCAUUCAUUCUCCGUCGGACACAUAUUUCAAAAUGGCCAACUGGUUACACUUCGGUGUCUUCGCUUUUUUAAUGGUGGCUUUGAGAUCUGCCGAGUCUUGUCUUCCUUCCUCCAUACAGGCGUCAGUACCCCAGGAUGUAGUGGCUGGAUAUGUCAUUUCACGAGUUAACCUGGAUCGCUGCGGGAGCACGGGGUUGGUGCUGACCUCGAGCGACACAGGCUUCGCCCUGCAGAGAGACGGGAGCAUCGUGACACACCGGUUCCUCAGGGUACCGCCACAGGGAAGGACUUUCUCUGUGUGGAUCCAGGAUCAAAAUGGCCACAGCAGAAAGAUGGACGUCAGCCUGUCUCAGAGAGCUCAUCAGGUCCGCUCAAAGGAGCCAAGCAAUGGAGUUCUCAGGCGUUCCAAAAGACGCUGGAGUUUUUUGCCUUUCCACAUAAUCGAAAAUGAUUCUCCACCAUUUCCGAAAAACAUUGAGCGGAUUGGAUCAGAUUCCUCCGUGAAUUACACUGUGUAUUACAAAAUCGAGGGACCAGGCGUGACUGAGCCCCCCGUAGGUGUCUUCUCCGUGGACAGGGACACAGGAAUGCUCAAAGUCAACCAACCCGUGGAUAGGGAGCAAUACCCACAAUUCAAGUUCUGUGCAAGGGUGAUAGACAGGCGUACUAGCAAGGACACUGACCUGCCGCUCGACAUCACGGUGGACGUCGACGACGUGAACGACAACGCUCCCACCUUCUCUGGGCCUCUGGAGUUCUACGUGCUGGAGCAGUGCUCGCCAGGGACGGUGGUGGGGCAAGUAAACGCAACAGACAGAGAUGACCCCGACACAGCUCACGCGCAGAUCAGUUACAGCCUCCUCUCUGGGAGCGACCUGUUCUUAAUCAACCCCACGACAGGAGUCAUCACCACUAAAUCGGGCGUCCUGGACAGAGAGGUGAAGGACAAACAUUUUGUUACCGUGGUAAUAAGAGACAUGAAAGGCGCUGUGAACGGCCUGUCCAACACAGCAACAGCUACGAUUUUACUGAAAGACAUCAACGACAACCCUCCCACUUUUAAAGAGAAAACUUACAACGUGAAGAUCGAGGAGAAUAAAGGUGACACGUUGCUUCUGCGGAUCCCACUCGACGAUAAGGACCUGCAGAAGACUCCCAACUGGAAGACCUUAUGCAAGAUCACAAAGGGCAAUGAGACUGGGAAUUUUAAAAUUGAAACAGACCCUAAAACUAAUGAAUGUCUCCUAUACGUUACAACGCCUUUGGAUUAUGAGAAGAAUAAGAACCUGAAGCUGGAGGUGGUGGCUGAGAAUGAGGCGCCACUCUCCGGCACCACAGCCCCUUGGGCCUCCAUCCCCGUGGACGUCACCGUGAUCGACGUGGACGAGGGCCCGGAGUUCAGACCGCCGAACCUGGAGCUCUGGGUUGAGGAGAACAAGCCCAACGGGACUGUCAUUGGGACCUACACGGCGACGGACCCAGAAACCAAAAGCAGCGCGGGCAUGAAGUACUCUAAGAUCACAGAUCCUGCCUCGUGGAUCGAUGUGGUUGAAAACACUGGGGAACUCAAAAUCGCAAACAACGUGGACAGAGAGUCCGCCUUCGUGAAGAACGGCACAUACAACAUCACUGUGAAAGCCGUUGACUCAAGCACGAAAUCGGGUACAGGGACUGUCAUUAUUCACGUGAUGGACAUCAAUGAUAACAUCCCGACCGCCCCGGAAAAGCUGGUACUGUGUGAAAAAAGUGGAGAGCUGGGGUCUGUUGUGGUGAGCGCAGAGGACAGAGACCAGCGGCCCUUUUCAGAGCCGUUCACCUUUGACCUCGUGGACAGCCAGGAUAAGAAAUGGACACUGACAAGAAUUAAUGGCACCGCGGCCAUGCUCCAGCAGACCAGAGAGCUUGCGAAAGGCCUGUACAGCGUUCCCCUGCUGAUCACAGACCAGCAGGGCGCCGGGGAGAAGCAGACGGUCACAGUCAGGAUCUGCCGUUGCCAGAACGGGGCCUGCCCCGCCCACCAGAGCUCCAGCGCCCUGGGCGUGUGGGGGAUCCUGGCCAUGCUACUCGCCUUUGCCCUACUUCUAUUGCUAUGUAUAUUUUGCGCAAUUGUCUGUGUGAAAAAGAGAAACAUCUUUGAAAUUGAUGGUGGCGACACUAGCGGUAUUAUAAUGAAAUCCAACCUGGAGGCACCUGGCGAUGAAGUGACUGCGCCCAUCCUCACGGUCCCCCCACCUGACAUGGGCCAAACGGUGAAGGGCUCCCUUAUCGACGACAGCCAUAUUGGAGUUACCAACAUCGGCACUCUUGGAGGCAUGCCAAUUACCACACAAAAUGGCUUCCAGCAGAUCUCUCAGGGGAUGAGCCAAACCCAGAACGGCUAUGGCACUGGGGCUUACGGGGCUGGCAGCCAUGUUGUCGACGGGCACCUCCUUACACUGAAGGAAGCGUCUACUCUGAACACCUGGAACACUAACGCCUUGUUUCUAGAUCAGAAGCUGCGGUACUUUUUGACGGAGGAGGAGGGGCGCUACGCGGACGACAUCCUCCACUCGUACGGGUUCGAGGGCGAGGGUUCGCCCGCCGGGUCGGUGGGGUGCUGCAGCGAACAGGGCGACGAGGACGGGCUGGAGUUCCUGAACUCCCUCGGGCCGAAGUUCAGACCGCUGGCCGAGAUAUGCAGGAAAUGAAGUCCGCUCACGGGCUAGCUGAGAGAUUAGCUUUUGAUAUCCAGGUGGGGGAGUGGAAAAACCUCACUUGAAGUCAAUUGGUCAGAUUGCUGUUUACUGUGGUGUUGUUGGGGGAGGGUGGUGGUGCUGGUGCACUAGUUACCAUCUGCACUAGAAAGAGCAUUUUUGGCAGGUAUUUUUUUUAGUUUGAGCACAAGUUACAGUGUAUGUGUGUGUGUGUGUGUGUGUGUGUGUGUGUGUGUGUGUGUGUGUGUGUGUGUGUGUGUGUGUGUAUGCGUGCGCUUGAAUGGGUGAAUGCAAUUUCAGCGGCUGUUUCUAAUUUAUGGUGAAUGGAUACUAAUUUUCUUAUCAACACCAAAGAACAAUGUAAAGAUUUUUGGAUUUUUAUCGUCUUCCACUGGAAAAUUGAAAUGAGACUAUAUGUACAAGGACAAACAAGAUUUAAACUUAAAAAAAAAAAAAAAAAAAA